UUAUUCGAAACCAAACAUCCCCUUAACACUUUCUUCUUUUCCCCCUCUUGAGAAGAAAGCCACAGCGGAAGUUCUGUCUCCUCUCACUUCCGCGUAUCAACCAAGCAAAUCGUCAAUGGCGGAAUCCAAAACUAAAUACGAUCGUCAGCUCAGAAUAUGGGGAGAGCAAGGGCAAGCAUCUCUCGAGAAAGCGAGCAUAUGUUUGCUGAACUGCGGUCCGACCGGUUCAGAAACCUUGAAAAAUCUGGUUCUCGGUGGGGUCGGAAGUAUUACUGUUGUUGAUGGCUCUAAAGUUGAAAUUGGGGACCUUGGAAAUAAUUUCAUGGUGGAUGAAUCGAGUGUUGGGCAAUCGAAGGCGAAGACCGUUUGUGCCUUUCUACAGGAGUUGAACGAUGCGGUCAAGGCGAAAUUCAUCGAAGAGUAUCCGGAAAAGUUAAUCCAAUCCAGCCCUUCGUUCUUUUCGCAAUUUACUUUGGUUGUGGCCACACAGCUUGUUGAAUCUUCAAUGGUCAAACUGGAUAAAAUCUGUCGUGAUGCUAAUGUCAUUUUGAUAUUUGCACGUUCUUAUGGCCUUACUGGUUGUGUUCGUAUCAGCGUGAAGGAACAUGCAGUGAUUGAAUCAAAGCCUGAUCACUUUCUCGAUGAUCUUCGGCUAAAUGACCCUUGGCCAGAGCUCAAGAGAUUUGCAGAGACAAUCGAUCUGGAUACAGCUGAUCCUGUUGUUCAUAAACACACUCCCUAUGUUAUUAUUCUCAUCAAGAUGGCAGAGGAGUGGGCCAAAACUCAUGAUGGAAAUCUUCCAUCAACAAGGGAAGAGAAAAAAAUAUUUAAGGAUUUAAUCAAAGCCAAGACGAUUGCAUCUGAUGAAGACAAUUACAAAGAAGCCAUCGAAGCCUCAUUCAAAGUCUUUUCGCCGAAAGGAAUUAGUCCGGCCCUCCAGCAGAUAAUUAAUGAUAGCUGUUCUGAUGUUAAUUCCAGUUCAUCAGAUUUUUGGGUGUUGGUGGCAGCUCUAAAGGAAUUUAUAGCUAAUGAAGGUGGUGGAGAGGCACCCCUGGAGGGAGCAAUCCCGGAUAUGACAUCUUCUACCGAGUUAUAUGUCAACCUACAACAAAUCUACCAGGCUAAGGCUGAGGCUGAUUUUCUUGUUAUGGAGAAGCACGUGAGGAAAAUACUAAAGAAGAUCGGUAGAGAUCCAGGUAGCAUCUCAAAGGCAACAAUUAAAAGUUUCUGCAAAAAUGCACGAAAAGUUAAGAUAUGCAGAUAUCGCCUGAUAGAGGAUGAGUAUAGUUCACCUGUUCAUCUUGAGUUACAAAAGUAUCUGACAGAUGAAGACUACUGUGUUGCUGUUGGAUUUUACAUUCUUCUACGAGCUGUUGAUCGUUUUGCAGCAAAUUGUAAUCGUUUUCCAGGGCAAUUAGAUGGUGAGAUGGAUGAGGAAAUUUCCAGAUUGAAAACAACAGCUAUUACUCUACUUAAUGACUUGGGUUGCAAUGGAUCGACCUUGACAGAAGACCUUAUUAACGAGAUGUGCCGGUAUGGUGCUGCAGAGCUUCACGCUGUGGCUGCCUUCAUUGGAGGAAUCGCAUCACAGGAAGUGAUCAAGCUCAUAACAAGACAAUUCAUUCCGAUGAGUGGGACUUUUAUCUUCAACGGCAUUGAUCACAAGUCACAGUUAUUACUACUUUAAGCUCAAACACCAACGGGUAAAUCGAGCUUUUCUCUGAAAACAUGUUUUUGGUAUCAUCUCGCAUGUUAUAUGGCGAGACCAUAGCCAUUAUUAACCUCGGUAAAGAAGAGAUAUUACGUUUUUGAGUGUUUUUGUUUAUCUACCAUGGCAAAGAUAACGGAGAAUUUCAUAGUUGUAAGGCUCCUGGGAUGCCAUCCGUUAGUUUCUUCGUCGUUUGUAUUUGGAUGGCUUCCGCUUUUCCGAGUUCUUGUUUGAUAAGCUCCGUUGUUUAUAGCCAUUUGCCACAAGAAUUCUCAGUUAGUUCUACUCAGUCAUUGUACCGAUACAGAAAUGGCUUUUUUCGGGAAAUCUAAUUAAGAAAACAUAUUCAAUUA